AUGAAAAUACAGAUUGAGGUGGAACAAGGACAACAGCAUGAUGACAACAACUCAGGCGUGAUUGCAUAUGCCUUUACAACUACUGAACAAAUGAUUUUUGAGGCUUCUACAUAUCAUGAAGUUGUUACUUGCAGAGAAAAAUUAUGCAUUCUAGUGGAUGAGAAUGACCAGGUUGUUGGUCAUGAUACAAAAUAUAAUUGUCACUUGAUGGAAAAGAUUGAAAAGGAAAAUUUGCUACACAAGGCUUUCAGUGUGUUUUUGUUCAACUCGAAAUACGAGUUGCUUCUUCAGCAACAUUCUGCAACAAAGGUAACGUUUCCCCUUGUGUGGACAAACACCUAUUGCAGCCAUCCACUCUACCGUGAAUCUGAGCUUAUCGCUGAGGAGGCCCUUGGAGCAAGGAAUGCCGCACAGAGGAAGCUGUUAGAUGAACUGGGUAUUCCUGCUGAAGAUGUGCCAGUUGAUCAAUUUACCCCACUAGGCAGGAUGCUGUACAAAGCUCCUUCUGAUGGAAAAUGGGGCGAGCACGAACAUGCUGUUCAAAGAGGUGUACAACCAGAUCAGAUUAUUUUCACAGAUGUUGCCAUGAAGGGUGAACAUAUCAAGCGCAAUGAUUUAGCAGAUUUAUUCUUGGACACGUAA